GUUUGGUGUGGACUCGUUCAAUCCUAGUGAAAGAUCUAGAAAAAUACUUUUGUAUUUCUCUGCAAAAUGGCAGGACAUGACUCAGAAAAGUUUGAUGGCAUGUUCCUGGCAAUGUGUCAGCGCAGUGAAAAGGGAAUUGACGAGCUCCUAGACUGUUUGUUCAGUUUUCUGGUCCGGAAGACAGACUACUACACAGCAGGUGCCCCGGGGCAGGCGGAGAGGAUUUUGCUGGAAAAUUUUAAAAAGUAUGAAAAGAUAGCAGAAAGACAGAAAGAGGAAAUAAAGAAGGAGCGUGAAGAACAAGAGAGAAAGAGAAAAGAAAAGAUCGCAAAGAGGAAAGCUGAGGAAGAAGCAGAGAUGGAGAGAUUGAAAAAGGAGGAGGAGGAACCCAAAAUAAAGGAGGUCACUGACGAAGAGGCUGAAAAAAUACAGAAAGAAAUCGACAAGAAAAAAGAAACUCCCGCACCAGAGCCUGAGCCAGAAAAAGAGAAAGAGGAAAAAUCGAAAGAAAAUGGAGACAAAGAAAAGUCUGAUGAAGAGGAUGAGGCUGAUAAAGGGAAAGUUCCCCCUAAUGCUGGAAAUGGCGGGGACAUGCCUAACUACCGUUGGAGUCAAACUCUAGAGGAAAUUGAGUGCCAGUGCUGGUUUGAUGUAAAAUUUCCCAUCAAAUCAAAAGAUGUUGUUGUGGAAAUUGGUAGAAAGCAUUUAAAGGUUGGUCUUAAAGGCCACCCUCCUAUUAUGGAUGGAGAGACAUUUAAUGAAAUUAAAGUGGAGGAGUCAACGUGGACAAUUGACAAUAAGAAAUACAUCACCCUUAACUUAGAAAAGGUUAACAGAAUGGAGUGGUGGAAUAAAUUAAUAAUGACAGAUCCAGAAAUCAACACCAAGAAAGUCAACCCCGAACCAUCCAAGUUAUCGGACCUUGAGGGAGACACGCGGGGACUGGUGGAGAAGAUGAUGUACGACCAGAGACAGCGAGAGAUGGGUCUGCCCACCUCAGAGGACCAGAAAAAACAGGAAAUCCUCGGAAAAUUUAUGAAGCAGCAUCCAGAGAUGGAUUUUUCAAAGUGUAAAUUUAACUAACAUU